AUGUUAUUGAAUCAUAUCAGCGGAGCAACGUCAUUUGAGAAAUUAAGAACAGUUAAUGGUGUUGUACUACCAACGUAUCGUGAAGCAGCUACUUCUCAUGGUUUGUUAAACAAAGAUAGUAGCUUAGAAGAUUGUUUAGAAGAAGCUUGUCUAUAUCAGAUACCAAGUAGUUUAAGACACCUUUUCUCAACAAUUUUGGUGUAUUGCAAUCCUACGAACCCAAAAGAACUUUGGAAGCGAUUUGAAAAAGAAAUGUCUACAGAUUUUCUUAUAAGAAACGUGUCGUCAACAGUUGUUAGGAAGAUGGUUCUACAAGAUAUUGCUUCCACACUAGAAUCUAUGGGAAAAGAUAUAAAUAUGUAUCGUUUUGUUCCUGCCGAUAUAUUUUACGGUCAAGAUGAAUUUACAAAUAGAGAAAUUGACGACGAACGAGUAGUCACAAUUCCAACUGAAGAUCUACUUGCAUCACAAGUCCUAAAUUCUGAACAAAAAAAUGCAUAUGAUUUGAUAUUGCAUACAUUAGUAUCAAAUAAAGCUGGUGCUUUUUUCGUUGAUGGCCCUGCUGGUACCGAUAAAACUUUUCUAUACAGAGCACUUCUAGCAGAAAUUAGAUCGAAAAAUAUGAUAGCACUUGCAACUGCGUCAUCCGGUGUUGCUGCCUCCAUCUUACCUGGAGGACGAACAGCACAUUCAAGAUUUAAGAUUCCAUUAAAUGCAGAUAAAAGCAGCACAUGUAAUGUGAGUAAACAGGGAAAUCUUGCUAAAUUAUUACGACUUGCAAAAUUAAUUAUAUGGGAUGAAGCACCCAUGUCUACAAAACAUUCAAUAGAAGCAUUAGAUAAAAUGUUGCAAGAUAUUAAUGAUACAGAUCUCCCUUUUGGUGGGAAAGUUAUUGUUUUUGGUGGAGACUUUCGACAAGUAUUACCUGUGAUUCGUAAUAGCACAAAAGAACAACAGAUUGAUUCAAGCUUAGCUUCUUCUUAUUUAUGGUCUAUUUUAAAAAAAAUAAAAUUAACAAAAAAUAUGAGAGCCAGAUUAGAUCCAGAUUUCUCGCAUUAUUUAAUUGAAGUUGGCAAUGGUAACGCACCCAUAACUAUUGACGAAAAUAUCGAAAUUCCCAAAGAAAUGACCAUUCCCUAUACCAAUGAUCUUGACUCUCUAAAUUCUUUAUUAGAUGCUGUUUUUGGAAAUAUUUCUAACUAUCCAGACAAUUUAAUAGAAAUGUCAAAUCGAGCUGUAUUAACUCCAAAAAAUCGGUCAGUUGAUGAAAUAAAUACUAUUCUCAUUAACAAAUUCCCUGGCGACGUUGUACGAUAUUAUAGCUUUGAUGAAACAAUUGAUGUAUCUGAACAAGGUAUUAUGGAAGAUUUUUUAAAUAUAUUGACACCGAACGGAUUGCCACCACAUGAAUUGUUACUUAAAAGAAAUUGUCCUAUUAUGUUAGUUAGAAAUAUUAAUCCUUCAGAAGGUCUUUGCAAUGGAAUACGAUUAACUUGUUGCAAUUUUAGUCAUAAUCUGAUCGAUGCACGAAUUUCAUUUGGUCACCACAGUGGUAAAAGAGUUUUUAUACCUAGAAUUGCAUUUUUACCAGAAACAACUGAAAAUAACGGCUUCCCAUUUAAGAGGACACAAUUUCCUGUUAGGUUAAGUUUUGCAAUGACAGUAAAUAAAUCACAGGGACAAACGUUAAAUUCUGUCGGAAUAUACUUACCAGAACCUGUCUUUUCUCAUGGACAGUUAUAUGUUGCACUUUCAAGAGCUAAGACUGCUGAUUCGGUCAAAAUGCUCAUAAGACCAACGACAAGUGCUGUUUAUGAAACAAAUUAUACAAAAAACAUUGUAUAUAGAAAUUUUUUAAGAUUAACAAAUUCAUUAUAA